GCUGAGAGGUCACUGAAAGCAGGUCUUCACAGGGGAAGCUUUGCAACACACCCCGCGAACAUUAGAAGUGACACUUUAAAGAGGAUUAGGAGUGCACCAAGAAGACAGAAACAAACAAACAAAACAAUGAGGAAGCAAGGGAAUUGGAGUCACGUGUGAGAGGUGGCUGAGCUGAAUGCAUGAUCUGCCAGUUAAAACUGAUACAGGUGGAGUGUUGUGGAUCAAGUGGUCUGAAAACUGCAGAAUCUCGUUGGAUUCAUGAGGCUUACUGGGACUAUCCUUACUGCAACAGACACAAAAUAUUUUAACAACUCAGUGCUGAUAGCACUCCAAACAAAUACGGCAGGGAAGUUGUCUGUGAUCUUAUUAUCCCCAGAUGCACCAGUGUCAGCACCCACUUUAUCAGUGUCGCGGGCGGAUGGAGGUGGAGUUCAGUGUUGCAUAUGUGCAGACAGAGCCACAGGUAAACACUAUGGUGCAACCAGCUGUGAUGGCUGCAAAGGUUUCUUCAGGAGGAGCAUUCGCAACAACCACACAUACAACUGCAGAUUCAACAGGCAGUGCGUUGUGGACAAAGACAAAAGGAAUCAGUGUCGGUACUGCAGACUACGCAAAUGUUUCAAGGCAGGAAUGAGAAAGGAAGCCGUUCAGAAUGAGAGAGACUGCAUCAGCACUAACAGAGCCAAGGGGCAACCCCUGAGCACUCUGUCCAUCAGUGUACUGCUACUGGCAGAGGCCAGUGUGCAACAGCUCCCAGUGUUGUUCUCAGCUCAAAGUCAUGACAUCAACACUAAGAAGACAGCCUGUGUGGGAGACGUGUUCGAGUCCAUGAAGCAGCAACUCCUCCUGCUGGUGGAAUGGGCAAAACACAUCCCAGAGUUUUGUGGCCUCCCAAUAGAUGACAGGGUGACCCUGCUACGAACCCAUUCUGCAGAGCAUCUUAUUCUAGGUGCAGCAAAACGCUCACUACCUUACAGCAAUCACAUUCUUCUUGGUAAUGACUUUGUGAUCCCCCUGAGAGGAGCAGAGGUAGAAGUGUCCAGAGUAGCUUUCAGAAUCCAAGAAGAGCUGGUCAAACCUUUCAAGGAACUGAACAUCACAGACAAAGAGUUUGCUUGCCUCAGGGCCGUUGUCUUCUUUGCCCCAGACAGUCCGGGGCUUGAGAGCCCUCAGGUGAUUCGACACUUGCGUUUCCAGGCCCACCUUCUGCUAGAGGAAGCAACAUGUGAGCAGCGAGGAAGGUUUGGGGAGCUUCUGCUGACCCUUCCGGCCCUGCAGAGUGUUACCUGGCAGAUGGUGGAGACUCUUCAUUUUGCCCAGCUGCUUGGUGAAGCCAAAGUGGACAGCCUGCUGCAGGAGAUGCUUCUGGGGGAGGGGAUCAUAACAGGACAAGGAAUCUGUGCAGAAAAUGACCCAACUCAACACCAGCAAAAUGACCUGAGAGCUUUGCCUACUAACUUUGACUCUGUGGUCUCUCAUGUUUGGACAUCUCUUACAAACGGCGUUCCUGCUGACCACACAGACUGGCACUGAGGUGAACAGACAUGGAAAGACUGCGGAUGUGUCCACGACAUACCUGAGGCACAUGCCCUAAACAAACACCUCAAGAUUCAGCAACUCGACUAUGGAUUAGAGACCUAUGAGCUUAAGACAGAAUAUAGACCACAUACUGUAAAGUGUAUUUUAUUUACCUACACAUCCAUUUACCCACAGCUGAGAAAAAAAAGAGUGAUGGUCAUUGUUUUAUUUUAUUGUACAUCUUUUAUCUAAUAUAGUCAACUGGUUUUAGAAUAUAACAACAUAAAUGCAAUUCUAAAUGUUAUUUUAUGCAGAAACCUAAUGAUUAGACUAUCAUUCAGGCAAUGUAAAUAUGAGGAGUGAUCGAAACAAGUAUCUGAAUCUGGAAAUAGUGCAAAAGAAAACUACUGACAUGGGAAAUAGGUUAACAUUGUAAAAAAAAUAAAUAAAUAAAUAAAGCAGCAUUCGCCCACUGAUAAAUACUGAAUCUUCUGCUUGUACAGAGAUCUGGACUGCACAACACAGUGUAUGACAGCAGAGGGCACUAAAAGCUUGUUUCAGUUAAAAGUCUCCAGUGAUUUGGUCAAGAUUUGCCUCAGACAAAUGGACAUAUUUCAAACAACAGUCAGGCACUGCAGGGAUGGUGAUGGUUAAUGGAGAGAGGGAAAGAGAAAAAAAGAUGCUGAUACCGGCAGAAGUUUCUAUGUGAACAUUUGUUAAAGAGACAGUGUCAAUGUUUAUUAGUUAACGUUUUUAUUGAGUUUAUUGGUCAAGUUGAUGUGGCGAGGAUGAGGGGCUCAACUACACCCUGCUGAGAGGUGCCACGAUGACUUGAUAUAAUUUGAUCUCAAAUGUGCUCUUCCAAAUAAAACCUAAUUUUACUUUUUCUUCAGCUUUCAUAACCUUUAUCACUGUAUUCUUGGAAAAAAUACAUAAAUUUGUUCUUUAUUCUCCUUUGAUAGAAAGAGCAACCCCACUAACACAACACUGGGUGAGUCAGGCCUUUAGCUU